AUGUACACACAGACACAUGUACGUACAUACACUCAAACACACACACACAUGUACAUGCGCACACACACACAUACAUGUACAUAUACGAAGACACAUGUACAGAUACACACAUGUACAUACACGCAGACACCCCCCCCUUCCAUAAAAAGUUGCAGUACUUCAUUGUUCAUUCACAGAUCCGGGUACUGCACUCUAGGGGGAGGCAGAGAGCACAGCACACACUCCUUGCUUUGCUUUCACUGCGCACAGUGCCAAUGACAGAUCUGGCCUGAGCUCCGAGCCUGCUCAGCAAGCAGACCCUGGGGGACACACUCACCCCCACCGUAAUUUCCACUCGCCAUAGGUGAGCAGGAGAGUGGAAAUUUCAAGCCCUGAUAUAAUGUGAUGAUGCU